AUGACCUUGAAUCAAGCGAGCAAAUACAGCAUCAAGCCUGAGCACAUCCUCCUGGUUCAUGAUGAGUUGGACAAGACCCUUGGGAAGCUUGCCAUGAAACAAGGAGGGAGCGCCUGGGGUCACAAUGGUGUACGGUCCUGUGUUGAGUGUCUGCAGACUGAUGUGAUGCCCAGACUGCGUGUUGGGAUUGGCAGACCAUCGGGUAAAACAUCAGUGCACCGGCAUGUUCUGGGCUGCUUCUCUCAGGAGGAGCAGAAGAUUCUCAUCGGGGUUCUAGAACAGAGUGUGGACAUUCUCCUCUCCCAGCUCACUGACAAGGAGGAUGUGCAGUCCCCACUGUUGCCACCAGGAGGCAGACCAGCAUUACAGACUGGGAAACAGAGGGUGUGCUCAAUCUUUCCACCAAAGGACACAACUGGCCAGACAUGAGACUGACAAGAGACUUUGACAGAGCCAGUGAAGCUAUGACUGCACUCUGGGAUAGUAGCUUUGCUGCUGAUGAAACAAAGCUGCAUCUUGCAGAAACAUGAAAGUGUGAACAUGUUUUUAAUUAUUGGGACUUUAUUUAUUUUCUGGUUUGGGAUGUAUGUGAAAUGAAUACAAUGUAAGCACACUGCGUUUCAAAGACAAAUAAUGUACAUAUGCAUAAGAUAAUCAUUGCAUAUCUCCUAGAAUGGUAUAAAUUCUACCACUUGUGGAUGGCUUGUGGUGGUCUAAUUAUGUGCAAGGUCCAAGGAGAGACCAAGACUUGAUAUUACAAUGAUUAAACAAUAAAACCAUCAUAUCAAUAGC